UACCUACACUAAAAUUGUGCAAAGACAAACUUGCAUAAAUAAAUAGCAAUAUGAGAAAGUUAGCUAUGCCAUUAUGAUCUUUUGAUUUUCAGUUAGUUGUUAUCUAUACGUUGUGUAUAAAGUUAAACUUCACCAUGACAGACAUCAAAAUUGUUAUUUCUAUAUUAUGCAAACAUCUUAAUCAUCUGUACAAUGUGAGCUUGAAAGCGGAAAAUUUUCGUUUGGCCAAAUACAAUAAAUCCGAAGUGCAGAAUGUUAAAACAUUUUGGAGACUUCUUAGCAGAAUGGUAGACGUUAACUCAGAAAAUACCGUAACGUAUGUGAAAUCUUAUUUCCUAAAAGUGUUAAAAUACAAAAGUCUCCAUUUUUACUCUUUGCCCGAAGAUAUGUCGUGUGGAAGUCGAGAGUUACUCAUUGCACUUGCAUAUUUGAUUGCAAAUGAGUUUUUAAACAAUCGCAUACAAGACAUCAUUAAUAAAUCUGUGUUUAAUCCAAACAAACAGUCACACUCCUCUCCGGAUACAUCAUCAGAUAGCAAAGAAGAUAGUAACAUUGUUGUAAAACAGAUUAAAAAUAACGAGGAUCUUGAAAAUAUGAUGCAGUGGAUUGAUGGUCAAAUUGAGUAUAAUAACAGGCAGUGCUGGGAGUAUCAGGAGGCUAUCAAGAAAUUAUUGCUGAAGAACAAAGUUGAUACCAAUGUAAGUUAUUGUCUGAGUGAAUUAGAAAUUCGCGCCUUAACUAAUGAAAAGGAAUGUAACAGCUUUUUAGAAAAAUCUAAGGAAGUUUCUAAGGUAGUACACCUGCAUAGUAAGUGGUUAUCUGUACAAUCAGACUUUUUUAAAUGGAUGGAUUCAGUUCUUACAGAAAGAGAUAAGGACAUUAAGGGGUUGAAUUGGAAAGAACUUGAUACCUACUGCAAAAGAUUGUAAUUAAAUUAAUUUCAAAAUCAAGUUUCUUUUUCUAUUCCUUUUGAUAUACCUACUAGGACAAAAACCCCUAUCCAUUAACAAUAAACCCCGGAUCAAUAACCAGUGGACAGUAAACCCCCCAAACGUGAACAAUAACCCCCAAACAAUUUGAUAGGUACCUAUGCACUCCAGGAAAAUUAAGAAAAAAAACCUAGACCUACAAAUAGCCUACACUAUUAAAUUUAAAUUCUUUAAGAAUUUUUGUAUGAGUUUGCUUUAGAAAAGAAUCCACAUGGGAACGUGUAAAUCAUCAAACUGUAAAAAAUGCCAUGGGGGGGGGGGGGUUAUUGUUCCCCGGGGGUUCAUGGAAAGGGGUUUUUCUAUUCUAUCAUGAACAAAAUGAAAAGUUCACUAGGGAGCAUUUUGUAUCCACAAUUUUUCCAUCAAGAAAACAGUUGUAAAUAGUCAUCUCACAAACAAUCUUAAAUUAUGACUGCUCGGUAUAACUUACAACAAAUAAUAUCUUAUAUUGGUAAGUAUUAUAAUUUUUCUUGUGCUUAAAUGUUCAAUUAUGUCUAUUGUCUUAGACCAUUCUGCUUUUGCAGUCAAGCACAAGGUAUAUAGAACUGAAUACCUCUACAUUUCCAUCUCCAUGCUCUUAAGUUAUUCAUUAUUGGUAAGUAUUAUAAUUUUUCUUGUGCUUAAAUGUUCAAUUAUGUCUAUUGGCUUGGCUAAUUUCAUUCCCCCAUGUCUUCGUUUGGGU